CAACUCCGAGUUUACGACAAUAUGCCAAAAAUCGAAAAACAUUCUUGGGAGGCUAAAAGGUUUGGUGCAGGCUUCAGUCCAGCGGGUGAACUACUAAUUGGAGGUGGCGGUGGCGCAUCGAGGACGGGUGUUAAAAAUAAACUGGUACUAUAUAAUUUGCAAGUAACAAAUUGGAAGAUUGAUAAACUUUCUGAAAUCGAGCUUGCUAUGGACGAAGAUGCACCCUCUGGCAUGGCUUUUCAUCCCGAGGAUAAUGUGGUUGCUUGCGCUAUUAAUAGCAAUGAAGAGACGAUUAAAGCUGGUGAAAAUCAAAAUUGUCGAAUUUUUAGAUAUUCUAAUGAGAAGAUUCAAUUAGUAAAUAAGAUACAAACAUUAACAAGUAAAGAUCCAAACGAUUAUCAAAAAGUUACCGCAUUCAGUAAAGAUGGACGUUAUUUAGCGACUGGUGGCUCUGAUAGUAGGUUGACGGUUUUAAAGUAUCCAUCACUUGAUGUUGCUUUUCCACCAAUGAAUUACGAUCAAAAAGAGAUUUAUGAUGUUGAUUUUGAUACAACUGGCAAACAGGUGGUAGCCAUUUCACCGAAAGCUCUGCGCGUAUGGUCUACUCAAAACGGAAAAUGUAUCCAGACCAUUGAUCGUCCUAUUUCUCAAAAGACUACGCAAUGUCUAUUCAGGGCAUGCAGAUUUGGAAGAGAAGCAUCUGAAGGAUUUCUUUACACUGUAGUCAAUUCGACAUCUCGUAAUAAAGCAUUUAUAGUUAAGUGGGAUCGGAAAACUUGGGAUAAAGUGGCUGAGCGAAUUGUCUCUCAAAAGCCAAUAGUUGCUUUUGAAAUCAGUGAUAAUGGAAAAUUAAUGGCUUAUGCUUCUUCAAAUAUGAGUAUUGGAAUUGUUAGCUCAGAGAAUCUGAGG